AUGUUUAGUGUGCCUAAAUACGGGUGAACCAUCUUCCCCUCCGCACAUCAACUUAACCUUCACAUUUUGGCUCACUAUAUCUAAUCCCUUCCCUUCCAUCAUCAAAAACCCAAAGCUGUGAAUCAGAAUUCUCACACCCUAAACCAUUCGUCCCCUGUUUUAGAUAUUGAAUUGUUUUCAUGGGAAUGACAAGACCAUCUGCAGCCGCUCUUGUGGCAUGGUUGGCUGUUUUGCUAGGGUAUGUAGUGGUUGUUAAUGGUGAUAAUUUUAACUACAAGGAAGCUCUCACCAAGUCGCUCAUUUUCUUGGAAGCACAAAGGUCAGGGAAACUCCCUCCCAAUCAUAGAGUAGCCUGGAGAGGUGAUUCUUGUCUCAAUGAUGGCAAAGAAGCAAAUAUGGACCUCGUUGGAGGAUAUUAUGAUGCUGGUGACAAUGUGAAGUAUGGGUUACCAAUGGCCUUCACAGUCACCACCUUGGCAUGGUCUGCAAUUGUUUACAAUUCCGAGUUAAAAUCCGCCGGUGAGUUAGGAAAUACUCAAGCUGCCAUUCGAUGGGGAACUGAUUAUUUCCUGAAAGCCGCUUGUAAACGUAACAAAUUGUACGUGCAGGUUGGUGACCCUGAAAAAGAACAUCAAUGUUGGGUAAGACCAGAGAAUAUGAAGCACCCAAGACCUGUUUUGGAAAUCAAUGAAAAGACACCUGGAACCGAGAUUGCAGCUGAAACUUCAGCCGCAUUGGCUGCUUCUUCUAUAGUCUUUAGACGCAUUGAUCGUCCCUAUGCACAUCGUCUCCUUAACAAAGCCAAAAUGCUUUUCAAAUUUGCUAGAGAACACAAGGGAUCUUUCGAUGGAGAAUGCCCCUUCUAUUGCUCUUUCUCUGGCUAUCAUGAUGAGUUGUUGUGGGCGGCAGCAUGGCUAUACAGUGCCACACGCGACCGCACUUAUUUCAAGUAUGUCACAGAAGAAGCACUUCAUGCAGUUGUGGAUGAGUUUAACUGGGACCUCAAGUAUGCUGGUGUCCAAAUCCUCCUUUCUAAGGUCUCUCUUUCUUGCAACUAUAUACAUUAUUCUUCCAUUUUAUAUGUUCGAAUAAUAUCACCAUUAAUUAUGUACAAAAUGCAGUCUUUCUUUCAAGGUGGCCGUGAUAUGCAGGCCUACAAGGAGCACGCUGACAGUUUUAUUUGUUCAGCCCUUCCUCAAAGUCCUUACCACAAAAUUCCCAUGACUCCAGCUGGUCUGGUUCAUUUGAGAGAUGGAGCCAACCUUCAGUAUGCUACUGGAAUUUCUUUCCUCUUCAGUAUCUAUGGCGAUUUGCUUCAAAGGUUCAACCAAAAGGUCCAAUGUGGAGACAAACGUUUUGACUCCACUCACCUCUUGGCUUUUGCAAAGCAGCAGAUGGACUACAUAUUAGGUCAAAACCCACAAGGAAGAUCGUACAUGGUUGGGUUUGGGAAGAAUCCACCAAAACAAGCGCACCACCGGGGUGCCUCAAUCCCAUUAUCGGAUGCCAAUUCGGAGGUGAACUGCCCCAUGAGUUUCGUUCGUUGGUACAACAAAAAUACACCCAAUCCAAAUGAGUUAACCGGCGCCAUCCUAGGUGGACCUGACAACCAUGACAAUUUCAACGAUGAACGCUGGUCAUCCGUCUACACCGAGCCAUGCACUUACAUUAAUUCUGUAGCAGUUGGGGCCUUGGCCAAGCUCACCCGCCCACUGCCUGUUAAAUAACUCUUUACUUUUGCUUUUAUUUUCCCACAUGAAUUUUGCCAAAUUUUUAGCAUGUACAUACACUUGUCAUAAAGUAUAUAUACAAAGUAGCUGCAACAGAAUAA